AUGGAGAACAACAUCGCCAUAAUACGCCGGUACAUCGCGAUCCUCCAAGAGCGGAAGGCGCAUGAUCCGGAGCGCGGCCUCAAGCGCGCUACCGAGUCCGUCGAGCGAUUGGGAAUGGAGUUUAGGAUGCUCGCAUUCAGAACAAGCCGGCUCGACACGUUGUACAAUGACGCCAAGCACGAGAACAAGGCCAAGGACGAGCGUGUGUCGCAAGGCUGA